AUGCACUCGCUGAGCCCGCAUACCGGAACGACCCCAACGCAAAACACUAAUAAUAUAUCCCCGUCCUUUACAGAUGUGGCAAUUUCGGCACCUUACGAAGAAGAAAGCGGCGCCGUUUACAUUUACUUGGGAGGAGAGCACGGAUUAAGCAAGGAUUACAGUCAGCGAAUUUUGGGAAAAUCAAUUAAGUCAUCCGUGCGCGGUUUCGGAUUUGCCAUCUCUAGGGGGGUGGACACCGACAAUAAUUUUCACAACGAUAUCGCGGUUGGCGCGUACAAAUCCGGCGAUGUGGUGAUUAUCAGGUCGAGGCCCGUCAUUAAAUUUUUACCGCAGCUCUUGUCGAUGGCGAAAGAAUUGAUGCUGAAUACGAGCGAGGUUACUGUGAAGUAUUGUAUGAGUUAUUCGAGUUCGUCGAAGAAUGUGAAGAAGGUUGACGUUAAUGUCACAUUGUCUAAAGAUACAAGAGCUAAGGAUAAUUCUGAUUCGGUUCGAACCAUUGCUCUUGAAAUUAAUCAGACGUUUUGUGAUGCAGUGCUUAUUAUGAUACAGGAGGGUAUCUUUGAUUAUACUAAACCAUUUACGCUUGAAAUGUCGUAUGCGCUCAUAGAUCCAGAAUUAUCAGAGUUCUGCGCAAAUUGCCCAGUAACCAAUCCCAGUGAUAACACCUUCAUUCAAUUAAACAUACCAUUCGCCAGUGGUUGCGGCAGUGACAACAUAUGCCGGCCGAGUUUAAGUCUAAAUGUGACCACUCAAACUAACGUGAGUUCGUUAAUUAUUGGGCAACUUUCAACAAUCAAAUUCCACGUACAAAUUAGAAACGACGGAGAACCGGCGUACAUCUCCCAAUUAUUUAUGGCGUUCCCUGAAGACGUCGAAAUACUUCUAGUGUCCAGCAAAUGUGAGCUGAACGAUUCUCGCAUUUACGAAUGCCUUCUCAGUAACGUUUUACAGCCCAACGUUUCGAGCGAGUUGGUUUUCGAAUUUGAUAUUAAAAGACUAAAUCCCAAAACUGAAAACUUAACGUUUAAUGUAACCGUUCAAAGCAGAGGCGAAGAGGUAAAUCCGGACGACAACGCAGUGUUGAUAAACAUCCCCUUACGCGUCCAAAACGGCGUAGAAAUUUCGGGGAUAUCGUUCCCGGAUUCGAUCAUCUUCGUAAAUGAGAAUAAGGAAAUGAUAGCACAAACCGUGGAGUUCACUCAGGAGUAUUAUCUUAAAAAUGUAGGUCCUAGUCCUAUGAGUGGAAUGAACGCUACGUUUUACUUUCCGGUCGAAAUUCAAAAUGAACUGUUCACCAAUCAGAUUGUUUUUGGCGUCUACGAACCUGAUGUGAUUAUUAAUAAUCAGGCGGUUACGUGUAAGACCGACUAUCACCUGGGAUUCUACUCCGACGAUGGUUCGAAUGGCGAAUCUUCAGAAUUGGACCAGGAUAAUUCGCGCGAAGAAAAUCGGUUUCGGCGAAGCGUCGAUGCCUCACAACUCAGCUUUCCUGAUGUUUUCGAUCUACCUGCCAACAGAACAAUAUUAGUCAAUUGUAAAAGUGACAACGUAACUUGUAUGAAGAUCACGUGCUCUAGUUCAGAAAUACUUGCCAAAAAUCAACCGAUGGUCGCCAAAUUUAAAUUUCGAGCGCGUGUUGACGUUUUGAUUCAAAUCACCAGUGAAAGAGAUAUAAUCUUGUUCAGCUCAACUGCAGAAUCCAUUCUAGAGUCGAAAACUACCACCUACCAUAUACCGACUAUACUAAUUGGCUCUGCAAAAGAACCGGAUAUCUCAUAUUGGUUUUACAUCGGCGGAGUUUUUGUUGCACUAGUAAUACUGUGUAUCAUCGUCUUGAUUUUGUACAAGCUGAACUUUUUCAAUCGACCAGUUCGAGAGAAGUUACAAAACGAAGCUGACGAAGACACCGAAUGUAAGGAAUUGGAAGUUGACAGCACUAUGGCUGAGGAAGAAAAUUGUAUGUAUAAUACGUGAUGUAAAAUGUGCUUUAGUAGUAUAGUUAGUAUGUAGUCAUUCAUUGGAUACUCAUUUUUUGUUAUCGAUAACUAUUUUGUUGGUAAUAUACAUAUACAGUGUU